ACCCUCUUCCACGACUAAUAUUUUCUGUCUAUUCUAUUCAACACAGUUUCGCAAAAAAUGAAGGCUGCAGCCUCCGAUGCUCGCACCAGAGCACCUGCUCCGUCACCUAAUCGCAAGCGAGUCGCAGAUGAGGAAAAUUUUGGUGGACAUCAAGGUACGAUUACCGAAGCAGACUCCUCUGAGCUUGGGUUGUGGGUUUUCAUCGGAGAGUGUGUCUUAGCGGCUGUCGACGCGAUUAAAUACGUCUUUUUCGAGUGCUGUAUUGACCGAUCGCAGAUCGGAUGGCGAAGGUCUAUGCGGAUCCAUAUGAUGCUGGUCAACGUUUUCUUGCUCAUCGUUUUCCUCUACGAGAUUAGUUUCUUGACGCCCUUGGGCAAAGGAUCGAGCGUGUACAAGGAAUGUCUCCAAAUAGCACUGCCGACAAAAGAGACACAAGCAAUGUUGCAAGAAGAGGCGAGGCUGAAACGAAAGGGAAUAUUAAACGAAAGGGGAGGUGGUGGAACAACAGCUUUAGGGGGAACAGCUUUAGGAGCUGCUGCGGAUGAAGGUUCUGGUGCACAAGGUGGUGGCGGCUUUUCUGCAUCUUGUGCAAGCGCGAAGGCAACUCCUAAGGGCGGAGGUAAAACGGCGCCACCUCCUGGAAAAGGCGCUGCGGGAGGUGGAGGGAAAGCGGCUGCUCCCGUUGCAGCUGGGACGAAAGGGCCUGCUGCUGGCGGAGGGAAAGCGGCUGCUCCCGUUGCAGCUGGGACGAACGGGCCUGCUCCAGCAGGUGGAGCUAAUGCACCUGCUCCAGCAACCGGCGCUGCUCCACCAACCGGUGCCCC